UUUUGAAUCGGAUGGAGAGAACCUGCAGAAUGGAGUAAGGGCCAGGGAUGCCCAGGAGCGGGAGAGGGACUUGUGUCAUAAAUCAGGGCCUGGGCUCAGGUCUGAGAGGAAAGCUCAAAGUGGGACUGGAGUUGCAAGCUGUAAGGGAGAAGAGGGCUGGUCAGGGGAUGCCAACCUCCAGCAGACAAGUGUCCUGGGCCUGGGUGAUGGAUGUGGCACAAAGCCAGAGGGGAAUGCUAAUGAGAUCCAAGAUGAUGGCACUGACUGCUACAAGGGGAGACCUCGCUCUGGUGGGAGCUCAUUAAGCGGCAUGUCCCACCUGCAGAGCAGCAGAGGAACCAGCUCCAUGUCUAUCCUCCCACAGAGCAACACUCAUUCUCAGCUUGACACAAAGCCUCUUGACAGUCACACAGGCUUUUGUCCACCCAAAGAAACCACCAUCACGAAGGAGUGUAGCUGUGGAGAGAUGGAUGAAUCUGAAAAUUUAGAGAAGAUCCCUGGAGUGUGUGCGACAAAGGCUGCAGCUGCAGUUCAGAAUUUGAAGCUGAGCUCUUUGUUCAGCAGAGUUUCUUGGAUUGUCCAGGAUGCAGGACGUCUGCUUUGGAGCUCUUCCACUGUAUUGCAGCAAGUCACAGAAUUCAGAUUUCAACCUGUUGGGGCUCGCUGGUCAAACAAUUUUAUCUCUCUGGUAAGAGAAAGCAGUGUUCUGUCUAUUUUAAGGGAUAGCCGUGUCUUCUCCACAUUUAGAAGCAGCUUUAUCUUCUCUCUGUUAAAGGACAGUCACAUUUUUUCCGUGGUGAAAGAGCUGCCUCUCAUACAGCACGUCCAGAUGGAUAUAAUUCAACCCCUUCAAUCUGAGGAGGCUGCUCAGAUGAUUCAAGGCUGCAUUAAUCCUGAAAACGCACAACUCCCUGUCCCGACCCCAACACAAA